CGGGAGCGGGCAGCGCCGGGGCCGCGGGUCAUGUGCCAGGCCCGGCCGCCGCGUGAGCGCCGGUACCGGCAGCGUUGUCCGCACCAGCCCCGGGCCCAGCCGCCGCCGGGUGCCAUGAGCAGCAGCUGCGCGUCCCCCGCCGCCGCCCGCCGCCGCCUGCAGCGCCGGGAUCGAUAGAGGCGGGGGCUGCGGACGCACUAUGGCCGGCAGCGGAUACACGGACCUGCGGGAGAAGCUCAAGUCCAUGAUGCCCUACCGGGACGGGCACAAAGGGAGCGGCGGAGGGGGGGGUCUCGCACGGGAACCCCCCGAACCUCCCCUUUACGACCGCAAGCGGCGGCACCAGGAGGAUUCCGGCUCCGAGCACAGCGACUACGAGGAGCAGAAGGAGGAGGAAGAGGCUCGGAAAGUGAAGAGCGGCAUCCGGCAGCUCCGGCUCUUCAGCGCCGAGGAGUGUGCCAAGAUCGAAGCCCGCAUCGAGGACGUGGUGUCCCGGGCCGAGAAGGGGCUUUAUAAGGAGCACACGGUUGACCGGGCCCCGCUGCGGAACAAGUAUUUCUUCGGGGAGGGUUAUACCUACGGGUCUCAGCUGCAGAGACGAGGCCCUGGGCAGGAGCGCCUGUAUCCCAGGGGGGAGGUGGAUGCUAUCCCCGAGUGGGUGCACGACCUGGUGAUCAGGAAGCUGGUGGAGCACCGGGUGAUCCCCGAGGGCUUUGUGAACAGUGCCGUCAUCAACGACUACCAGCCCGGGGGAUGCAUUGUCUCCCACGUGGACCCCAUCCAUAUCUUCGAGAGGCCCAUCGUGUCCGUCUCCUUCUUCAGCGACUCGGCGCUUUGCUUCGGGUGUAAAUUCCAGUUCAAACCCAUCAGGGUCUCGGAGCCUGUUCUCUUCCUGCCCGUCAAGAGGGGGAGCGUCACGGUGCUCAGUGGCUAUGCAGCUGAUGAAAUCACACACUGUAUUCGACCCCAGGACAUCAAGGAGAGAAGAGCCGUCAUCAUCCUUCGAAAAACAAGACUAGAUGCACCUCGACUGGAAACAAAAUCCCUGAGUAGCUCUGUGUUGCCACCGGGUUAUAACUCAGGAAGCAACCGGGACCAGAUCCUGAAACCAAAGCGGUCCCAUCGCAAAGCAGAUCCUGAUGCUGCUCACAGGCCACGCAUUCUAGAAAUGGAUAAAGAGGAGAACAGGCGCUCGGUCCUCUUACCAAAACAUAGGAGAAGGAGCAACUUCAGCUCCGAGAACUAUUGGCGAAGGUCUUACGAGUACACAGAGGACUGUGACGAGGAAGAGGAGGAUGGAAGCCCAGCUAGGAAAGUGAAGAUGAGGCGACACUGAGGAUUGCACUUUCCAGGCUCAUAGUGGAGCUGCUUGGCCUCCAGUCUGUGAAAACUCUCUCUUCCCUCUGGCUCUCUUCCAUCUAGCUUCAGUUUUGGUUUUUCCUUUCAGGCUGAAGAGUAAACAGGAAGGAUCCUAGCGAUUUGCUUUGAUGAAUGGAGGAAUGCUGAGACAUACGGAAGGAUGGGAACAUGUCCAGUGCACACGGUGCCCUGAGUCAUGGGGUCAAACGGGCAUCUCUUCCCUUAGGAAGCAGAUAAAGUGAUGGCAGUUUGUUGGGAUUGCUUUGGAAAACACCAAAACCAGGUUUCCCGUUGUGCAGGAUUCAGGAAUUGCAUUUGUGGGGGUUUUGUUUCUUUUCUUUGCUUUAACUUUCCUCCUUUCCACAUGGUCUAAAUGUAACGUUCGACCCCAGGAGCUGAAACCCGCUGCGGUGGCCUCGGAUGUGCUUCACCAAAGGGCUCCUUGGUCUGCUCUGACCUGGUUGUUGUUGGGUUUGUUUUAAGGAUGCCCUGCAGUAACUGGAAGUUUGAAGCUUUGCAGACCCCUCUUAACUGCGGUUGAUUUCAAAGGGUUUAGGACAGGUUUUUGUUGCACUUUAGUACCAGUUUUAACAUAGGUUUCCUUUCCAGUCCCUUUUCCCAAGCCAGCGUGGGCUCGCACAGUUCCCUGUGCUGCCCUCUCCGAGAGGAAUGUACUUGAGCUCUGGUUUCUCAGUGCUGGUCUGAUGAGGAGUGUGUUUUGCUUGAGGAAGAAGGAAACGUGGCUGGCUUCAGUGAGGCUGGCCCCAGGUCCAUAUUGGAGCCCUGGGACUGCUGAGUGAGUGAUCACAUUGAGUACAUGCUGCUUCCCAGAGCUGGGGAUAGCAAAGAGGAAUAGGAGAGUUGCUGUGCUUGUGAAGGACGUUUGCCUUGGGACCCCCUGAGAAGCGCAGUUCUCCAUGCCUGGGGGACUGGCUUUCAUCCCCCUGCCCCUUUAGGUGGAGAGAGUUGAGGUGAUGCAGCAUCCCAUGCCGAGGCGAUGCAGCAUCCCAUGCUGAGGGGAUGCAGCAUCCCAUCCCGAGGUGAUGCAGCAUCCCAUCCCGAGGUGAUGCAGCAUCCCAUGCCAUGCAGCAUCCCAUGCCGAGGCGAUGCAGCAUCCCAUGCCAUGCAGCAUCCCAUGCCGAGGCGAUGCAGCAUCCCAUCCCGAGGUGAUGCAGCAUCCCAUGCCGAGGUGAUGCAGCAUCCCAUGCCGAGGUGAUGCAGCAUCCCAUCCCGAGGGAUGUGCUCUGAUGGAGCAGGAGCAGGCACUGUCAUGGCCUUGGGCAGCUCUGCUGCAGAGUGUCCCCUCCAAGGCUGGCUCUGGGAGCAGGGAUGCUGCGAGGGUCUAAGCUUGGCCUCAGUUCAGUGCAUUCAGCAGUGGUUGCCUGCCUCCUCCUGGCUUUAUCCCUGCCUGUGUUCCUGGGGCAGGGAGUUGCCUGCUUGCUCCAGGGAAGACCCAGGCCCUAUGGCAUUAGUGUUAGAUUGCUGCCUUCCUCUUCUCCCUCCCAGCUUGCGUUAGCCCAGACCAAAGCCUCAGUGUGUUCCCAAAGCUUUGGGGCCCAACAGCAUCUUUCCAACCCUACUUUUAAGAGGCUUCCUCCGGUUGAUCCUUGAACCCAAGCGUUGACAGUUGUAAGGAGUAGUGUUCUGUUGACCCCCUGCUGCUUUGCCCUCCUCCCAGGUGUAGUUUCUCUCUGUGUCGUGUCCCUCUCACACUUCGUGGCCGCACGCUUGGCAAUAAAAAGAUGUAAUAUAUUUUGGAACCCAGUUUGCUGCUGUCUUGAGGGGCUCCCAGUCAGAUCCCACCACUCCUCGCAGUGCUCUUUGCUCACAUCUGGGUCUUGGUGUCCUUUGCCUUCCCCACUGACUUCCUUCCAUAGCUCCUGCUGCUCUCUUGUUGCUGGGCUCACUGCUCAGGCUGGAUCUAGUGGUCAUCUUAGUCCAUAUGAGCUGACUGUCACCUGCAGCAGAGCUGACGUGUGGAGUGUUGUAGGGGAGGCUCUCGCUGCCUGUCUCUUGUUAUCAGGUUGGUUUCUGGUGACAGCCACUGUCGGCUCUGUGCGGAGGUAGAGGCACAGAACCUUGUGUUGUCUGCCUGGAGAUCUGGAAGUUGGUGCUUUGGCUGCUUCUGAACCCUUUAAAACCCCAUUUCCAGAGCACAUUCAGCAUCCGAAGGGUGUUCCUCACCCUCCUGCCUUUCUGCAGAGGAUCCAGGCCAGCUCUUGACUACACAUCCACUGCUUUGGAAAGCCUGCCAUUCCCUGAUAGCAAAACCACAUGCAGGGAGCAGUGGUCCCCUCUCCUCAUGGCUGGUGCAGACAUCUCCGGUGAGCUGGGGACCUGCUAGCAGGAUGCCUGCAGUGCCCGUUUCCAGGUGUCUUCCUGCCUUCAUCCUGGAUGUGCCCCGUGCUUUCCUCGGUGUCAGGUGUGAUGUGGGUGAUGCUGAUGGUGGCACAACCAGCUCUUCCCCCCCAGCUCCCAGUUGUACACCUACCUCUGCAGUAGGGAUGCUGUACCCUGGUGUCAGCUGGAGGCAGCCUGGCUUUCCAGGGCUGCUUUCCAGAGCAGGAAUCCCAUGGGAUGAGGUGUUGGCUUUGUCAGCACUGAAGGUUGAACAGGACAUCCUGAGGUCUUACUCCUCAGCCUUGCUUCCAUCCUCUAGCCUGGUACCAUCACCUCAUGCAGUCUGUGUGUGUGCAGGUAUCCUUCCUCUCCCACCUUGUUUUGCUGUUCCUGCAGGCCAUGGUUGGGAGCUCUCCCCUCUUCCUCCCUGCCCCACAUCCCUGCAGUGGGUCUGAGCUGGCAGCCGUGGCUGGAGGGACACGAGGAGCUCCUCACCAUUCCAGGCACUGUUUUCAACCUGGUCGGUUGGGGCUUGACACCUUGGAAUGAGAAUGGGACACAACCAGUCUGACCUGUAGCAUCUCCUGGGUGUCCCCAGUGUGUGGGCAGGCCACCUUCCCCUCUUGUACAGACAUUUUCUAUAGACACAGAUGUAUAUGUGUAGAUAACAUCGUUUUUUAACUCUUUUGCACUGAACAACAGCAGAGUGAAUCCCUGAUUCAAACCACAUUUCCAUGGGGAUCCAGGUCUUUGGAUCCCGAACUGCAACCUCCCUGGAAAGCUGUAGCUCUAAUACUGGUGAUGCCCAUACCUGUUCUCUGUCAUUGGCUGUGUUGGGCUUCAGGUCAGGCUGGUGCUGUGGGUCUGGUGUGAAGGAUGGAGCGUGGUGAGCUCUGAUUCAGACCCAAAAGUGCUCCCCAGACUCAUGCACAGACCUGACCCCGUUGGCUUUGUUGUAUCUGUUAAGUCCAAUCGUGCAGUCCCACCUCCUCUCCAUCCACCCACAGUGUGUCAUUGGUGUAACCUGCUCAUCCCGAAACUGGGAAUAAGGCUCUGUUCAGUGUGACGAUCCCAUACACCCACAGCCCAGACCGGGAGAACUGUCUUUCUUAAGGAAGGGGGGAAGAAAGUGGGGUCUGUCCCUGCUUUAGUGGGGUUCAUCCUGCUUUGGUGGGUUCCAUCCCCUCAGCUGUGCUAAGGGCAGAAGGAAUUGGGGUCUCUCACUGUUAGCUGUAUCUCUUGGAGGCUCAGGGAUGGAACUAAAGCUCUUACAUCCAUGGUGUGGGCUCAUUGUGUCCAUAGGAAGGGCUGUUUGCUGGCUCUAAGGUGAACCACAGGCAGAGCCACAUCUGAACCCUCAUCCAGAUGUUAGGAGAGAGCUGGUUAGGAGAGGCUUGGCUCAUCCCAAGGGAUCACUCAUGGGAAUGGUCAUCCAGCACCCCCAUGAGCCACCAUCCAUUGGGAUGAGCGCUCCAACCUCUGCCUUGUGUUGGUACCAGCGCUCACCCCAUGGAUCAAAACGCAUUGAGGAGGGCAUUGGGGGGGGACCCAGGUCUGGACCCCACCAGCAGCAGAAAGUCUUUUACCAGCCCAAAGUGAUCCCUUUCCCACCGGGAAGGAGAAAUCCUAAUGAGGAGCAUCUCGGCUUCCUUUUCCCAUCUCUGCUCCUUUUCCCACACUUCAAGACUUUGAAUUUUAGGAUUUUCUCUUUUUUUUCCCCCUAAAGAAUUUAAUUUCCUCCCCCCUUUUUUUGUUACAAAUCACAGGAAAUAAAGAAAAGUGGCAAUAUUUUUUUUCCGGAAGCUUUUCCUCGGAAAAAGCCGAGGUUUGUAUCAAAGUUGUACAGUUGGGACGUUUGGGAUACGAGAAGUACUGUGUGAAACGCUGUAAAUGGGGCAGAGAUUAUUUUCUGUACAGGCUGACAAAGUGGGGGGGGGGGGAAUCGUUGGGAUUCCCGUUGGUUCCUUGGGAAGGAUCCGGUUCUUGGCUGGUGGGGGUUGGAAUUUCACCGUUUCCUGGUUAUUUGGGGUUGGGUUUUUCCCCCUUGUAUAGAUUGCUGCAUUAAUUGAAUAAAAGCAGAAAGCAUCA